AUGGAAUCCACAUACUCUCUUCGAUGUGCACCGGCACGGCGAUCACUUAAAUUUCCUGCAGGUGAACAUGCACGGCAUUUUCUUGCCUUUGAUCCAUCUAUUAGCAAACACGAUCGUAUGAUUCUCUAUAUGGAGGUGUUUGCCCAUGUACACUCUCUUAUUGAUUCUACUGUAAUUCCGCACUUUUCCCCUCCAUCAUAUCUGCCAGAGCAGAAUGUUGAGCUUCGUGUUUUGACAGAUCCACGACAUCCAGCCUAUGGUCAAAUUGGUUUAUUUGCUAGAAGAAACAUUCCAUCUAACGUUGUGGUGACACCCUACAGUGGAUUUAUAGAAAUAUUUGCUACUUCUUGUAGUUCCAGGACAUAUACAAUGGGGUUUGGUUCCCUUGGUGAUGAUUACGCAUUGGAUGCGGAGUUUGUAGGGAAUUAUGGCCGCUUUGCAAAUGAUCCUCGUGGUGUGGAUGGUCUCGUUGCGAAUCUUAGUGCAGAGAGUCGAUUUACACCGCGUGGAGAGGCGUAUACGGCUCUUAUCUCUAGAAGAAUUAUUAACAAGGGAGAAGAAAUCUUAAUGUCAUAUGGUAAAGCUCAUAGUUUAACACCUAGUCCUUGGGUGGGUUUAAAGGGUGAACUCCUUACACAAUAUAGAAUGGGCGGUAUUGUGCCAUUUCCCCAGCUUGCAAGAAAGAGACCGCAUACUACUAGUCUUCAAUCUGAACGAAAUUCGUUUAAGAGAAAUGGAAAUACUCUUCGUUUAGAAGAACAUUGUGGUGAGAAUAAGACUUGUGAAAACCAUAGGGAAGAGGAAAGAUCUACUGUACCUUUGACAUUAAAUGAUACUUAUUCUUCAUAUAAUAAUAAUAAUAAUAAUAAUAAUAAUAAUAAUAAUAAUAAUAAUGAGGAUGCAGAGAUGCAGUUAUUAUGGGAGUGUUCACAGUGUGGAACAUGGAGUAUUGGUAGUCCAAGACCAGUACGUAUUGAUCACUGCUCUUUUUGCCAAUCUCCGCGGUUACAACGAGUUCGUAUGGUGGCUGUAUGUUGUACCUCUGCCUUAACACCUGAGGAUUUAUUACCAUCCACGAUGUGUGAGAAGAGGCAGACACCGUUAUCUCCAGUAGAGACCUCUACUGUAUUGAAAACGGAGGAUGGAAACACCACUAUUCCUCUCUCUUCUGUUGUGUCCACCUCAGAGGGUGGCAAUACUUAUAAUAAUAAUAAUAAUAAUAAUAAUAAUAAUCACAAGAGCAAUAGUAACGGUGGCAGUAGUGGAGGCAGUUCACAAAAUUCUGUUACACCGUUUACCUCUGAGUCUGUUGAUUGGCCUCUUAAUGUGCCAUUUCUCUCUUGGCAAGUCUGGGAUGCGGCUAUUCCCAUUUCUACAAUUGCCAAGCACGCGAGAUUUGAAACACAUGAAAAUGUUUUUCUCUAUAGUGUGACUACCGCAAAUGAAGAGGAACAUGGACACUCAGCUGAAGCCAAGGAAGGCAAUAAUGGAAAUGAGAAGAGACAGGAACAAAAGCAAAAACAAGAACAAGAAGAAGAACAACAACAACCAAAAGUACCAAAACGACGGGGUCGUAAACCAAAAAUUAGGAGAACACAGGAAGAAUUAUGGCAAAAGGAAGAAUCUCAUCUCAUGGAUUCUCAGCAACCAGAAGAAAAUAAGACAACUACCGAAAAGAAGGGAAUAAGAAAUGAUGAUGUUGGUAUAACUGAAUACCUCUUCACUAUUACUGAUACUAGUCUUCAAUUUAGUGAACGACCCAAUAAUAAUAAUAAUAAUAAUAAUAAUAAUAAUACCAGUGAAGAUGGAAGUGAAAACAGUAAUAGUAGUGAAACUCCCGCUCUUUUAUCAUUACAAUCCCUCCUAAAAGGUGUCACUCGUCGUGUUUUUGCAGGCAAAUCCUAUCACAGUGGUGAAGUAGUGGCUGCGGUGGGUGGAUUAAUUAUACCCGCAGGAGAUCGACGACAUCGUCCUGAUGGUUCUGUGCUUAAAAUACCAAUGAAAUAUUUCGUACCCGCCCGUCUUCGUCGUGAGCUGCGGGCCAUGAAAAGGAACGGAAUAGAAACAACCCAUAGAGACUGUAGCCGUCUGGAUAUCAAGAAGAAUGAGACAGCAACACUAAUAGAUCUACUCAAACGGCUUGAAGGCCUCUCAUUGGUGGUGACAAAUGAACUCAUGUUUUGUCCCUGUCUUGUAGUAGAAGAUGAUGAUAAUGAUAACAAUGAGAAAAAGGAAAAAGACAAAGAAGAAGAAGAAAAUCAAAAGAGUGAUCAUAUUGAUGGAGUGGUUUUAAAUGUAGUGAAUGAAAAAUCACCUAGUCAGUUGUUGCUCGAGUUGUGCAAUGUAUGCUUUGUUCUAACUAUGGAUACCCUUGGAUGCCCUUACGUUGCUGCGAUCGCUGUGAGAGAUAUCAACAUCUUUGAGCCUCUCUUGGCCCGUAUAGGCUCUUAG